AACAAUCUUCACACGCGCAACGUAACAAGAUGAGAAAAUUUUGCUUGAAUCCUAAAACGCCGUCGUUUUCAUUACACCGCAACACUUCAUCUUCAAUUUCAAGUUCAUCCUCCACUACAAUACCGUCGAUCAGAAAAGCUACAGCACACGUAGAAGCAGCAGAAUCGCUUAUCCUAAAAUGGAACUCUGAAACUUCCGAUUAUGCGAAAUUAACUUCCCUCUUCUACAACGACAAAAACGAAGCCAUUCAAUAUAUUGACUGCGUAAACAACCUUCAAAAAGCAAUGCAUUCAUUACUCAAACACGAUCCAUCGUCUCCAAAACUCAUCAAAGCAAAAAAGCUAAUGGAAAUCGCCAUGAACAGGCUCCAAAAAGAGUUCUACCAGAUAUUAUCCAUGAACCGAGCCUACUUAGACUCUGAAUCCGUCUCCGUGAGAUCCUCUAGCACUUCCUUGUGUUCUUACGAGGAGGAUGGAAUACAGGAAGAAGACGAUUUCGGCGAAGCAGAGAAUUGUAUCUCUGAAGUCGAACGUGUUUCUUCCGAUGCUGUUGAUGAUUUGAGAAUUAUUGCUGAUUCUAUGGUUUCUAACGGUUAUGGAAAAGAAUGCGUAAAGAUUUACACUACAGUGAGAAAAUCGAUUGUUGAUGAAGGAAUUUAUAAACUCAAUGUAGAGGAAAGAAGCUUCUCCAAGUUGAAUAAGAUGGAUUGGGAAGUUCUAGAGAUGAAAAUCAAUAGUUGGUUAGAGGCUUUAAAGAUCUCAGUAAGAACACUCUUCGCCGGAGAGAGAAUCCUCUGUGAUCGAAUUUUCGCUGCUUCGAGAUCUGUCGGAGAAGCUUGUUUUGCUGAGAUUUCUAGAGAUGGAGCUACUUUGCUUCUCCGAUUUCCUGAAUUUGUUGUCAAAACAAAGAAAUCGAAGCCGGAGAAGAUUUUCCGUUUGCUCGAUAUGUACACCGCAAUCACGGUGUUGUCACCGGAUAUUGAAUUGAUCUUCUCGUUCAAUUCAACCUCCGGUAUUAAAUCUCAAGCUUAUGAUUCGCAAAAUCGAUUAAUGGAGUCUAUAAGAAAUAUUCUCUCCGAAUUCGAGUACACAAUCCUGAAGGAUUCUUCCAAAUUGGUGGCAAAUUUUGGCGGUGUUCAUUCCCUGACAAAGCGAACAAUGCAGUACCUAACUAGUCUUGCAGAUUAUAGCAAUGUCCUUUCUGAAAUAUUCUUGGAUGUUCUUCCGUCGUCAAAGUCUCUGUUGUCGGAAUCUUACUUAUACAGUCCAGAAUUAUCCCAAAACUCGACGGAAAAUGUGACGGGAUUUUCUGUUCAAAUGAUGUGGUUGAUUCAGGUUCUUCUUUGCAAAAUCGAUGUCAAAUCGAAGCAAUGCAAGAAUGUAUCUUUGUCUUACUUAUUUCUGGCAAACAAUCUUCGGCACAUUGUGGAGAAGGUCCGAUCGUCAUACUUGCAAUAUAUUCUUGGCGACGAUUGGUUAUUGAAGCACAUAGCGAAGGUGAAACAGUUUAUGGAAAACUAUGAGAGAGUAGCAUGGGGCGAAGUAUUUUCGUCAUUGCCAGAAAAUCCAAAGGCGGCGUUAUCAGUGGCAGAGGCGAGGGAGGUGUUUAUGAAAUUCAAUUUGGAAUUAGAGAAGGCUUAUAGAAAACAAAGUCCAUUUGUUGUGCCAGAAUCAAAAUUUUGUGAUGAAACAAAAGCAUCUCUAGCGAGAAAAAUAGUUCCAAUUUAUCGCGAAUUGUAUGAUAGGCACUAUAUUAUGGCCGGCAACGUUAGGGAAAUGAUGGAAUAUGUCAAAUUUAUCCCUGAAGACGUUCAUAAUUACCUUAUGAAUCUCUUCUGUGGGGUAAGAGCUUAGACAUUGCAGUUAGACUAGAGUGAGCUCUUUUUCUAUAGUA